AUGUCGGUUCCCUUCUCGAGCCCGUUCGGGGUCAAUGCCAACCCCUUUGGCGAUCGAACCCAUAACGUCAUGCACAGCUUAGCAGAGGAGGACGAAAACGAUAACGGCAAGGCACCAAAUGCCGCCGGGAUCCAUUCACGCACUGGCCCGAGUUUCCCCGGGACUCUGGGACGGGACGGUGCUGCCGAUGCGCCUCCGACAGCACGGGGUCCACCUCAUCCCGACAGCUAUCCCGCCCAAUACAACUUUGGUCGUCGAACAUCGGUGUCUGCCGAAUCACUCAAGCCCAGCGCAGAUAGCUACGACAAUUGGGCUCCUCCCUUUCACGAGAAGACUGCGGAUCAGAUAGAACGUCUCAAGAAGGCCAUUGAAGGCAACUUUCUUUUUAGUCACCUUGACGAUGAACAGACGGCCCAAAUCCUGGGAGCUUUAGUCGAGAAACCAAUCCCCGCCAAGGGCAUCAAGGUCAUCAGCCAAGGCGAUGCCGGCGAUUUCUUCUAUGUUGUCGAGAAGGGAUCUUUCGACGUGUACGUCAAUCCUCGGGGCGCUAUCCAGCCUGGGCCGGAAGGAUUGGGCGACAAGGUUUUGCACAUACAGGCAGGAGGGUCUUUUGGCGAACUUGCCCUCAUGUACAACGCCCCCCGAGCCGCGACUGUCAUCUCUGCCGAACCAGGCUGCACCCUCUGGGCCUUGGACCGCAUCACGUUCCGCCGGAUCCUGAUGGAGUCUACGUUUGCCAGAAGGCGAAUGUACGAAACCUUUUUGGAGGAAGUGCCUCUGCUCUCCUCGUUGACGCCGUACGAGCGAUCGAAAAUUGCCGAUGCCCUGGAAACCCAAAAGUUUGCGCGGGGCGAAGUCAUUAUUAGGGAAGGCGACCCGGGACACUCGUUUUACCUGUUGGAAAACGGCGAGGCCGACGUGUACAAGGGAGACGAGAGCCACAAGGUGCUGCACUACAAAAAGGGCGACUUUUUUGGCGAGUUGGCGCUGCUCAACGAUCAACCCCGAGCUGCUAGCGUCAUGGCGUCGACAGACGUCAAGGUGGCGAGGCUGGGCAAGAACGCGUUUCAACGUCUGCUAGGACCCGUCGAGGGCAUUCUGCGCCGCACCCGGUACGAAGGGGUCAAGACUGGAGUGGAAGAAAUGGACCCGUUGCACCGGGGCUAG